AUGCGCGACAAUGAAGGGUCGAUAUUAUGUAUAUUAUUAGUAUUAAUUUUAUGUACAGAAGUAUACGCAAUGAGCGCGAAACAUCUUAUUAAAAAAAGAAAUUAUAGUGAUCAAAGUGUAAGACGUUAUUUAGCAGAGCGGACUUGUUGGUGGAAUGAAGUUUGUAAAGAAGAAUUUCAUAGCAAAUUUCGAUGCCGUUGUCCUCGAUGGUCCUAUUGCCGUGCCCCUGGUAGAUAUUAUGACGCGCAUUGUAGUAUGACACGUACCGGCUAUAUUUGGACUCAACCAGAGACUUCGUUAACACUUGAAGUCAAUAAAUAA